AUGGCCGACGACGCCGCCACGACGACGGAUGACACGCAGAUCACUUUCAACGUCAAGGCUGCCAACGAUCAGAAACACGUCCUCACACUAUCCAGUGCCACUACCAUUGCCGACCUCAAAGCCAAGCUCUCGACAUCGGAAUAUGCAGAUGUGCCCGCCGAGCGCCAGCGCUUGAUAUACUCAGGCCGCGUACUGAAGGAUCCCGACACACUCGCCAGCGUCAAGAUCAAGGACGGUCAUACAGUACAUCUUGUCAAGGGCGCCGCGAGCAAUGCAAGGCAGAACCCCAGCCAAGGCACAACGAGCACUACAGGUGGAAGCGGGACUCCUACGCCUCAGGUACCGACCAAUAUCGCAGCAGGAACAGGCAACAAUCCUCUUGCUGGUCUUACAGGCGCACGGUAUGCUGGAUUUCAUGGCUUGCCUGGCAUGGACAUGUUUGGGCCCGAUGGAGGUAUGGGCCCCCCACCAACGACUGAGUCAAUGCUCGAACAAAUGGAGAACCCAAUGUUCUUGUCACAGAUGAAUGAAGCCAUGAACAACCCUGCAGUGGUCGAUAUGAUGCUGCAGAGUCCUAUGAUACGCGACAAUCCGAUGCUGCAGCAGGUACUCCGAGAUCCCGAGAUGCGCCGCAUGAUGUUUAGCCCAGAGAUGAUGCGCAUGCAACUGAGGAUGCAGCGAAGCAUGGGUGGAGGCGCUCCAGGUGGUGCAGCAAGCUUCCCAGCUCCAGGCGCUACCGACAACACACCAGGCUCGACAGCGACAGAUCAAGGCGCCACGGCGACACCAAACCAGCCCAAUACAGGCGCUCCCGCAGAUCCUUUCGCAGCGUUCGGUGGAGGUGCUGGUGGAGCCAAUCCCUUUGCUAGCCUGUUUGCCGGCGGACAGAAUCCUUUCGCGCCUCAGCAACCGGGCGCAAACGCUGGCGCAGCGCAAAACACACAAGACGCCUCAAGCACCUUUCCUAACUUGUUCGGAGGAGCCGGUGCGCAAGGAGGACAAGCGAACCCAAUCGCCGAGGCAGCUCAGAGGAUGAUGCAGAACCCUGAAGCCAUGCGCAACAUGAUGCAAAUGAUGGGCGGCGCUGGAGGUGCUGGAGCAAACCCAUUCGGUUCUUUGGGAGAGACAGGAGCACCUGGUGCAGGCGGCGCUGCGGCCAAUCCAUUCGCUGCACUCUUCGGCCCCGGUGGAUUCGGCGGAGCAGGUGGCUUUGGUACACCUCCACCAGCGGAUACUCGACCGCCUGAGGAGGUGUACGAAACGCAGCUCAGGCAGCUAAACGAGAUGGGUUUCUACGAGUUCGAGCGCAACGUUUCGGCGUUGCGGAGAAGUGGCGGCAACGUUCAGGGCGCAAUUGAGUAUUUGCUUAACGGCGGAGCGUAG